GAACGACAUUCAACUUCGCCGUGACAACGUUGAUCAACAUCGAUUGAGCGUCCAUUUUUUUUUUUUCGGUGAAAUUGAAAGCGUUUUUGCCAGGAUGAAACGGCGACGCGAGGCGGAACCACUCGAUCAUCACGGCUGCCCGGGAUGGAGCAAGGUGGCGCAACGGGCUGAAGCAGCGUGCGGGUUGCUCUGUGGAAGCGGGUCGUUGCAUAGCAGCGCUCAGAGCUUGUUGGCGCUGCAGCUCGAAUCGCUGUCGGCGCUCGUCGAUGUCUUCCCCCUGCCUGCCAGCAGACGGUUGACAACGUUCAAUGGCGAUCGAGAUGUGUCAGACAGCGCGAGUCCUGGGCUUGGAUUGAUCAACGGGCGUGUGUGUGCCACGCAUCGACACUGGCUGACACAAUACGCGCUUGACCACUUUGAGAAGCUGAUGCCUGCAUUGAACAAUUGCUUCACAUCUCGCUCCCGCCCAGUCGCGCACAUGGCUGCCAAGGUAGUCCGCGGGCUGCUGUAUGUUAUUGAGGAAAGUCAAGCUUCACAAGUAGUCGCACAAAGCUUUGCACAAAUGCAAGUGUUGCUCCUGACGCAUCGUGCGCAAUCAUCGAACAUGAUACAAGGCGUUGCCGUGUGGUUGGACAUGUUUCGCGAAAUCAUUCAAGCAGGCGACGCCACAAGUUCGUCCGACAGCUGCUGCCCAGAUUGCCGUGGCGCGCUCUCAAGCUUGCAUGGCCCAAGUCAGGAGAAUCUUGUUCAACGCAUUUGUGCUGCACUCAUGGAAGAGUCAUCUUCCAUUGUGCCACUACUUGUACUGCCACAGACGCAUGUACAAGCAACGAGCCAGGUGGUCAUUGCAACCGCCUUGCAAGCGUUUGUUCAGCUUUUACGCAAUACACUGGACACCGUCGUCGACCACGACACAGCGGUCGCGUUGGCGGUCGUGGCCAGCCAGCAGCUCGUGCACCUCAACCCUUGGCUGGUCUCUGUGCAGAUGCGAUCGCUCUUUCGUGCAGAUUGCAUGUUUGGUCCGCGCCAAUCGCUGGUGGGGUUGGUGCGGCGCUUCACGGAACUCGCGUCCAAUCCGCAGGUGCCGCUCGCUGCUCGCGUUCGGCUUGUGGCGUGCACAGCGCUGGCGCUCGUGUCAGACUCAAAGGAUGCACCAGUCCAAACGACCCCGACAGGCCGUGCUGCAAUAAUCUGGUGGAAGCAACUCGCUCUGCUUGCCAGGCUUACGAGCUCGAUUGGCACUCUCGCUGAGCAGUUGGCAGCUCAACUCUUUGAUCGAACCUGCGCCGAGCUUGCUUCCGAACUUGCUGCUGGCUCGCAGGCCAUCAAGGUGGUAUUGCACGCGCAACAUUUGCUCGCGCCCACGCUCCACUCUCUGCACAACGUCUUGCCCGAUACGAUGGACUAUGAACGGAUGCAGCGAAACACCCUGGUUGGCAUUCUACAACUGUUAUCGCUUCAAGAUAAUACGGUCAUCUUCCGGCUCUUGUCGCCUUUGCUUCGCUGCGAACUUGCGACCGCUCGCCUCCUCGCCCAAUCCGCGUUGCCUGAAGCGUUGCGCUCGACGGUAGACACAGUUCGGCAGACGUGGCUGCUGGACGAUCUACUGAGUCCCUCGAUGCUCACAGUGCUUGCGCUCCGACAGUUUUCAGAUUCGCCAGGCGCGCUGCUCGAAGAGUGUAUGGAAAACGUGGCGUGCCUCGAGUUUUUUGCUCUUGCCUUUCGAAUACUUGUGCAAGAUUUUCCGCAUCAUCAGUGCACGCUCGAUGAAGUGAAUGCGGUGGUCACUCGACUGCACAGACGCGUGUCGGAAUCCAUAGACCCUGAUGAAGGAGCGCUCGUCACGCACGUUGCUGCGCUUUCUCUAAUAGGUGCUUAUGGACACGACUCGAGCGACGAGGACGACGGCGAUGGGAGUGAAUCCGAAGCCGCAAGUCCGACCAUGUGCGGUGCGGACGACAACGCUGACAACCUGGCUGAACCCUUUGAUCUCGAGGUAUUUCUGCCUCUACUCUCCAAACUUUUCAAGAUGCUGUCUAAUCUACAAGUAGCCGGCCAGGUCCCUGGUGAACUUGACACUCUGGCGAAACGCCUGGAGGUGUUUCUGCGCGAAAUGGCUGCGCAGACGAUGGAAUAAACAUAAGCAACGGCCCUAUUGGUGGCAAUUGAGC